AUGUUUUAUUUCAGAGAAGAAAAAGAAAUUCUGUUGCGAGGUCCACAGACUCUCCAGCAGUACAAACUUCGGAUGUCAACGACAAUCUCCGGUCACCGAAGCGACCUCGAACUGACGGCGACAACUUACGAUUCUCAUCUCAACUUUUGGAUUUCUAUUUGUACGGACGGAUUUCAAAGUUUGCUCAACCUUUAAAAGGCAAGCUAAAAUUUUUUUUGAUACGUUGCCAUCUCCAAUGUUAACGUUGAUUUACAGUAGCUACACGUAGAAAGCGCCACUACCGGAAAAAUAUGGAGGUUGUUGCAUUCUUCGACCAAACAUUCUUGAAUGUGAUAGUAAUAACUGUUCUUCUUCAAAUACCAGGAAACAGGUGGGAAAAUUGUCUGAGCAUGCGCGAAACUGCGCGGGUUUUCAGAUAUGUGUGUUUCCACUUGAUUUAAAAACGAAAACAACAUGAACGAAGCCUUCGAAAGACAAUUUUGCAGCGGCAGUUUAGGGCCAUAAAUCACCACAAAAAUUGGAUUAACUGAACAAACAAAUGUUGCAGCAACACUUUGAUUUCCUCUAUUGCCACAAUUUUUACAAUGUAAACAAUUAAUAUUGAUUAUUUCAGUGCAAAACAAAACAGAGCGAAAAAUUUCCUUUCAAAAUGUCGUCUGAUAGCUUCAAUAAAAUGUGAAAUUCAAACAAAAAAUACUAACCCUUCUACAUUUUUUACAAAACCAAGAAAUUUAACCUCUGGCAGAGGUAUACGGUAUCCAAGUGCCUUCUAGUCUCGACUUUAAUUAAUUUCGUGUAUUUUGUUUCAGAAGCUGAUCCCGAAACGAAAAAUGUUAAAUAUCCUCCUGGGAUGUUUCCUUGCACAUCCUCUAUACCCGGCAGUAAUUUUGGAGUUUAUUGUUCGAGAUUCAUCCCGGUUGGAACUUGGAUUGGACCUUUCGAAGGAGAGGUGAUAAGACCCGAGGAACUAACUGCCGAUCGGGAUAAUGGACACAUGUGGGAGGUAGGCCUGCUAGUUUUUAGUUAAGGAGUUUUAGUGUUAGAUCAUUGGUUUUAGUAUAUGGAAAUUAUAUACACUUUUCAGACCUAACCAGGAACAGUUGCAACUUCAAUAGGGCGAGUUGCCAAAAAUCUUGAUAUUUGGUACGAGCCAUGUUUCUUAAAGCUCUGGUCAAACGAGGGUGAGAGUUGUCAAGCGAGAGUUUGCAUGAGAGUUUUCUCAGCUCCCGUACCUUGUUUAAGCAAGCGAGAACAAGAGACGCGUGAGAGUUGAUGAGAGUUUGAGUGGAUAUUACCGCGCGUCGCAAAAACUCGAUCUCAUCGAUCAAAAUUCGAAGAGACAUUCAAAUUAAAAGUUGAUGCAUGAGUGUUGAUAAGAAUUGGUGAGGGUUGAUAUUCAAAUUCAUGGGCGUACUGGAAGGAAAAAAUUAGGGGGCGGAAAGAAAUUUACCCGACUUUUUCGGAUAGUGCCCGACCAGUGCCGAAAAUUUUUUUUCCGGAACAAAUUCAUUUUGACGACCCCCCCACCCCGUCGCCAAAAAAAAUUCGGUCAGUGUACCAUUUUAGGGGUCCGAAAAUUUUUCGGACAUACCAAAAUUUUUCGGAACAUCACACAAAUUUUCCAGACAUCGCAAAAUUGACCACAGAAUUGACAGAAUUUCCCACAAAAUUGACAGAAAUUGUCCCAUUUUUUUUAUACUAGGCCAAUAUUGCCCGGCUGUGGAGCGAAUAUUGCCCGACUGGCUUUGUUUGCCCAACAAACUGUUCAAAUUCAAAGUUGAUGAGAGUUGAUAAUUAGAGUGCAUGACUUGAGCGUUUGCAGUGAUACGCGAGCGAGAGUUGCCGCAACUCUCAACAACUUUCAUUUUCGUUUGACCGGGGCUUACAGUAGGUGGAUGAAUUCUACAAGUGUGGUGUGCUAAUCAUCCUUACUUCCAGCUGAAACCUAAGCUGAAUUGCGAAGCACUUAGCUCCACCUAAUCCAGUCGAAGGCUUUCUAAGGGCGCCUCUGGCAGCCACCUUAUGACUUGUGUCUCAUCACGGAGCACAGUUUUGGUGGUGAUCCCAUGCAACCCACUCAGUUAAGUGGUAAUCCCAACCAGGGCCUUUUUUAAGGAUUUUCUCAUGGGGGGGGGGGGAUUUUUUGAAAAGGGACCUUUCUGUGAGAUAAUAUAUUAGAGGGGGAUAGCAAUGGCUGAAGGCCACGUGUGUGGCCAAUAUACCACGCAUGAAUGGGGGGGGGGGUCUGGGGUGUACUCCCCCAGAAAAUUUUUGAAAUUUGAAUCCCGGAAAUGUCAUUUCCUGCAUUCUGAGCAUCCAAAUUUGCUCCAAAAUUUAUGCUAACUAUACUUGUAUUUGAAAUAAAUAAAGGGGAAAAAAAACGCACAAAAAGUAAAAAAAAAUUAACCAUCAUUUAUCAUUACUUAUUAGAGGAGGAUAGCAAUGGUCAGGUGUGUGGGGGUGUACUCCCCCAGAAAAUUUUUGAAAUUUGAAGCACGGAAAUGCCAUUUCCUGCAUUCUGAGCAUCCAAAUUUGCUCUAAAAUUUAUGCUAACUAUACUUGUAUUUGAAAUAAAAGAAGGAAAAAAUGCACAAAAAGUAAAAAAGAAUAUUAACCGUAAUUUAUCAUUAAGCUACUUAUUAAAGGGAUAAUCCGCCGAAAAUUUUUGAAAUUUGAAACCCGGAAAUGCUAUUUCCUGCAUUCUGUGCAUCCAAAAAAUAAAAAAAUUAUUAACAAUAAUUUAUCAUUACUUAGUUGGUAGAAAAACAUAAUUUAAAUAGAUUUUGUUAAACAAGGACAAAGGAUAAAGCCUAAAACUUACUUUCCGUUUAUCUAUUUGUUAAUCUUCGCUGGUUUGUUUGUAUAAUUUUAGGAAAAAGGGACUUUUACUGGGGGGGGAAAUGUGAUUUCGUGGGGGGGGGCACAGGGGGGACUGGGGGGUCAUUUGCCCCCCUCAGCUUGUAUGUUAAAAAAGGCCCUGAUCCCAACCCACCCCGUCAACAUUACCUGUGGGAGGAAACCGGGGAGUACCCGGCGAAAACCUACGACUUUCGGUAAACUCUCUUCACAUAAGUGUGAAAGUGUCAUGUUUCUGCAACGAAAAUCGAACCAGAGGAACGGUCUCACAGGUAAUAGGAUUUGUGCGGUGAUAAAUGAGAUUUUUUGCAGUACUGAUUUACUUUAAUAUUUAAAUGUAGGUGAUAUUAAUUCGUGAGAGGAGUGCAUAAUUUAUCACAAAUUAAAUUGUCCAAAAGCACGAUAAGCAUAAGUUACGCCUUUCCAAUUUUAUAUAGAAUUCUAUAUGGCCUAAUAUUCAAUCUUUCAAAAUGGAAUGUAUCAAAAAUUGUGUCUGACAAUGCAGGAAAUCGACCUCAGGAGGCUAAAAAAUACGAAAAUUUUCUGGAUAAGGAUCCCCAGGUCCCCCGAAAAGUUGUGUCUUGUGAUGCAUUUCCUAGUUGGGUCCCUUUUCCAGUACAACACUGAAUAAUAUAUAAUCCUUCGCUAUAUGACGUACUGCUAUUUUAUGUUUUUUUUGCGCAGUAAUAAAAUUUCUUUAAAAUACUCCCUGCUCUAAGUUCUUACUAAAAUUGUUCAUAUGUUUCCAGAUCUACAAGGACGGCAAGCUAAGUCACUAUGUGGACGGCAACGAUACGAAAUUCUCGAACUGGAUGAGUAUGAUCCAGUGCGCUCGUCAUAAAGAAGAACAAAAUAUGACAGUAUUUCAGUACAAUGGCAAUCUGUAUUACCGCGCAUUUAGAGAUAUUUUACCUUAUACAGAGUUAUUGGUGUGGUAUGAUGAUAGAUAUUCAGAUAGUAUGGAUAUAGAGCGGAUAUCUAUGGCUGGCUCUGAGGCUUUCUCAUCAAGGAUUUCAGGUAAUAGAGCGAAUUUUGUAUUUUUUCAACAAAAAAAUUUCUUCAUAAGUAUAUUAAGUUAAGUUGUAUUACAAUCAUAGAUAUCUUAUAUACACUAGAUAGCGCAUCUCUUUUAGUAAAAUUGAACUAGCCAAGAAUAUUCCAGCGGUUACCCCCAUUUGAAUAGAUUUAAUUUUUUUAAUUUUUAAUUUUAUAAACUUCGUCACAAUAUAAAUUACAUAUAUAAAUACUAUAAUGACUAUAACACAUUCCAAACUAUCCUUACAUGUAUCGUUUUCCAGGACUAACAACUGUUAAACCAUAUUAAAACAGACUAAAACAGACAUGAAAACCGUAGAUGCAAGAAACAAUACAACAAUUUACAACAAUUGUGACAGGGUAUUCACGACAGCUUUUGGCCAAUUACUGUGAUCCCAUUAGACAACAAACAAAUUAUCUUAAACUAUACAAAGCAUUCACAUUGUCUCUUAAAAAAUUAUUAUUUAAAAACAGCAUGCAAGAGGUUUAGUGAGAUCAUGAGUCUGAUUACACUUUAAACAAAUUGUUUUCCACGAACGAGGAUCAUCUAUGUUAUAAUUAACUAAUUGUAAAGCAGAGAGGUAGUAGUCAAGUAAAUAUUUUUUAAAGGUAUAUAAAGAAUUAGAUUUAUUAGUUAUGAGUUUUGGUAAAGUAUUCCAGAUCCUUGUUGAUCUGAUUGUAUAUUAAGACUGUUGGUAUAUCGCUGUAUAGCAUUAGAUGGAGGCCAUGUUGAAAUUUCCCACACGUAUAAAUAAACGCUUAAAAAACAACAAUAACUUUCAUCAUUUGAAUAGUUUGAAAAUGUAUUUUGAAUAUCCCUGUUUAAGAAAUAGAAAACAUAGGAGUCUUCUCAUUUUAUAAGAAUAUCCUGAGUCUGCAAUCACGUUGCAGAAUAAUUAGAUGCACUAUCUAGUGUAUAUAAGAUAUUUAUGAUUACAAUAUGUUUCGCUUAUUUUGGUAAGAAAAGAUGUUGUAACUCUAAAAAUUUGUCUAAAUGACUUUUUUCUAAGAAAAGAUAAUUUGAGCAUAAAAACGUACUGUUUGUAAAAUCUAAAGGACUAUAAGCAGCAUUAAUAGUUAAAAUAACAUCCCCAGUAUGCUUACAAUAAACUGUAAUUGCUUUUUAUUUUAGCAAUCCAUUCAUAUGAAAGCAGUUACAGGCGUGCAGGAAUUGAAAAUUUAGAACAGGUAAAAAUUUUCCAAUAUUUUGUAAGUAACAGAGGUGGCUGAAAUCAUUUGACUGCCAUUUCACGCAAUGUAAUCAAAAAUUUAAAAUAUUGAAUGGAGUCAUAAGCAAACUUGUAGCAAUGCUCAACUUGUCAACAGGAUGUGUUAUCACUGCUUGUUCCCAGCUUGUUGACAACUGACAACUUGCUACAAGGUUGUUGAGCUCAACAGACUUGUUACAAGUUGUUCCAACAACUUGUUAUCGUCCUGCAAUUCAACAACUUGAUAACAAGUUGUGAGUGACACAACCUUGUAGCAACUUGAUAAAAUAACAACGUUGUUACAACUUGUUGACAAACUUGCUGCAAGCCUGUUGUCGACAAGUUGUUGACAAGUUGUGAGAUUGUGAGAGAUCUACAUAGAUAUAUAAAAAUCUCUGGUGUUACGUAGCGCUCAUUGUUGUUAGUCUACAGAGCUCACUGGUGUUACUCUUUAUAUUACAGAAUGGUGAAGUGCAGGCAAACGAGUACUUCGCCCUCAGUUCGUUGAACGAGACAAACCAAUGGCGAUGUGGACAAUGUGAACAAACUUUCACCCAACGUGUCGCCUUACAGAUGCACGUUUGCGACAAAUCCCCGGAAAAACCUUUUCAGUGCGGCCAAUGUCCGGCCUCGUUUUCGAAUCCUGACGAACUACGGAGUCACGUGGUUGAUCACGUCAGCGACAAGCCGUUCAAGUGCGGGUACUGCGGGCGCACGUUCAGCGGUUCUACCACGCUCAGUAACCAUAUAAGGACGCACACGGGUGAACGUCCGUUCAAAUGUCGAAAAUGCGGGAAAUCUUUCAGCCAAUCAACGCAGCUCAGCAGACACGAGAAGUCACGUGAGAACUGUGUGGAGAAGUAA